CUCUGCUCCGGCGUGUGGUGGAGGCUCCUUCCUUGGGGGCUUUGAAACAGAGGCUGGAUGGCCAUUGACUGUGCUUUUUCUGCCUGGCAGGAUGGGUUUGGCCUGGAUGGGCCGGGCGGCCUCCUCAGCGCCUAUGACGAAGGUUCUUUCCUGGGAAGCACAGAAGCGCCUCUGAAGGCCUCGGCCGCCCCCUUCCUCCGGGGCUGGAGGCCCCGAGUGAGCCUUCCCCCGGGCGGGGGCGGAGGAGGCCGCCCACGGGGCCCUUCCUUCCAGCCCGAGCGGCGAGGCCUUCCCCCAGGCGCCCUUUUUUCGCCUCAGAGGGCGGCGGGGGAAGGCGGGCCUCCCUUUUCCGGGGAAGGCAGGGCCUGCAGCAUGGCGGCGGCGGCCUGGCUGCUACUUCUCUUCGCCCUCCUCUUCGGGGCCCCGGCUGGGGAAGCGGCGGCGCCGGGCCUUCCUCAGGACGCGGAGUUCACCUUCCUACUGCCGGCCGGGCGCCGCGAGUGCUUCUACCAGGCCGCGCCGGGCAACGGCUCCAUGGAGGUUGAGUACCAGGUUAUCGGUGGAGCCGGGCUGGACGUGGAUUUCUCCUUGGAAAGCCCUUCUGGAGCCUUGCUGAUCGAUGAGUAUCGGACAUCGGACGGGGUGCACACUGUUGAACCGACAGAAAGUGGUGAUUAUAAGCUGUGCUUUGACAACUCCUUCAGUACCAUCUCAGAGAAGUUGGUGUUCUUUGAGCUCAUCUUCGACAGCCCCCAAGAUGAUGAAGACUUGAAUCAUUGGGCGGAAGUGGCUGAGCCAGAAGAAAUGCUUGACAUUAAGAUUGAAGACAUUAAGGAAUCUAUUGAAACAAUGAAGAGCCGCCUUGAGCGAAGUAUCCAGAUGCAGGCACUGCUCCGUGCCUUUGAAGCACGAGAUCGCAAUUUGCAGGAGCACAACCUGAGCCGGGUCAACUUCUGGUCUGCUGUCAACCUCACUGUGCUGCUGCUUGUGUCCUUCCUUCAGGUGUAUUUGUUGAAAAGCCUCUUCGAAGACAAGAGAAGGUUCUGGACGUAGCACAAAAAGAAAAACAGACUCCCCACCCCCUUUGUACCUAUUGGAUCCAGGACCAGGGCCAGCAUCCUUAUUGCCAAAGCUUAAUACUGUCAGUAUUAGCUACCAAUUUGAGCUUGUUCCCUGCAGAAAUUAGGGUUUCAAGAAAUUAGGGUGGGGCAUGGAACAUCUGCAUCUGGUGCAAUGGUAGGGCAAAGCAGAAGCAUGUGAAAACUGAAAAAUGUCAAGUAGGAGUUGGGGAGGAGGAGCUGUUGGAUUGAAACAGACAUUAGUAAGAACACAAACUUCAGGGCUGCCUCCACCUCAGUUUCCCCUCUGUUGACAAUGAAGAGUGAAUGGUAUCCUAAAGGAUUAUAGAUUGUCUCUGGCCCCUAAUCUUGAAUAUUCUGCAUCUUACUGGAUCCAUGUGUGCCUUAGCAAAGGUGCUAGAUUGACUGGAAGUAGGUAUGAUGCUACCUUCUUGCAGUCAGUAGGUUUGUAGUGCUUCAUCUCUGUUUUGACUUUCCUUGCCUUAAAAAGGUACCACAAUAUUUCAAAAUGUUAAUAAAUCUCCCAGGAUAGAUUUGAUCAUCUUUGCCUGCCAUGAUUAUCUAGGCAUGAAUAAACGGGGAAUAUGUGCAAUUGCUGAAGAGAUUGUGGAAAAAGCUUUAAUUCCAGAAGUGUAAUAAGGAUGAGGUACAAAGGGCUGUUGUGUCUCAUUUGAGUUAUCCACCUCCCCUUCUCCAGUCUAGAAUUCCUAAUUCUAUUCAGAAGGCAUAUUGAAUGUGAAACAUUUGUUCUCUUGCUUUUCAAGAUCACUGCUUUAGGGGCCUGUAACUGUUGGAAAUCAGUAGCAAAUAGCAUCUCUUUGGGCUGAUACUCAUAGUUUAUGAGUCACAGAUACAGUCUGUUUGGCUCCAUUUGUUUUUUUGUUCUCAAGUGAAGACUACAGUGCUUUCAAUUUUUUACUGGACCUAGGAUAUGAGGUCCCUUUUACAUUACAUACGUACAGUAUGAUUCCCCUUUAACCUCCAUGGCUGCUUUCUGUGGGAUCCUGGGGAUUGUAGUUUAAUCGGAAGCACCCAAGGAAGAGCUCUUUUCCUUCAGCUGCCAUUUUCGAAAUUCCAUUGCACAAAACCAGGGCCAUGGAAGUGCAGCCAUCAUGCUAUAACUAGUAUGAAAAGGCCGGAAAUAUUUCAGUUGGUAAAUAUAUAUGAUGGUAGCAGAUCCCUUAAUAUAUAAUCAGGAGAAAUUUGUGUUGAAAGUGAGGAUUCAAUCCCCAUCACUCCUACUGUUUUUCUCCUGUAGCUGGCCCCAGUUCAAGUAAUAAGGCAGGCUAGAAGUGUAUUUGGGAGAAAGCUGGGGAGGUGUGUGAGCAAAGGAAAAAAUUGAGCAGCCCUUUGCAUUUGACGCAACAUCCCCACCCUCCCUUUACAUGUCAUAUGGGGCAGAUUUCCUAUAGCUUCAGCCUUGAUUUUUUCCCCUUCUCGUUGGCAAUGAAUUGACUGAUCAGGAGCAGUUGGUGUCUUGUCCCAACAGCUGUUUUUUUAAUGUGCAGUUGCAUUUCACAUUUUCCUAUGUAGACAUAGUAUGAGGUUUACUUGACGAUAGCAAUAUGUGAGCCUAAGCUGGCUGUUCAUGGUACUGUGCCUUCAGCAGCUCAAACUCUCAGUAACCGUAUCUCAGGUCAGCUGGUGGCAGGAAAAUGCUGUGUUGAAAUAUUCUGGGGUUUUUUUUUGCUUCCUCACCCCACAGAAUGGCUGGUGUAGUAUUAAUGGCAGAGACUGCCAACACUGACCCUUAUGAGUGGACCUAUGAAUGUGUGUAAGUCAGUGUUUGUUCAAUAAAUUGUCUUUGAAUUAAA